CUAACCUCCUGUGUUGAUGCAUGGAUGCUGGUACCCACUUACAGGGAUGCCAGAUGAUCAGUGCAGAAUGAAGGUCCCAAGAGAGGAUCACAUGGCUCUCUCUGCCCUGUGACGUCACUAGCAGAUGGCAUGAGUACCAGCUCUGGCAGUUGGUAUCAAUGUCACUUUUUAGAGAUCAAUGAGAUAGUGCAGAUAUACACAGAUCUAGAGGCUCCUGGAGACGAUGCGACACUCAGCCUGAAAAGAUUUGGAAGACCCAAAAUGAAAACUGAUUAUUGAAUGAAAUUAAACCUAAGGUAAUUUAAGAUUAGAGAACCAUGUUAACACUACCGUUUGAUGAGUCUGUUGUAAUGCCAGAAUCCCAGAUGUGCAGAAAGUUUUCUAGAGAAUGCGAGGACCAGAAGCAAAUCAAGAAACCGGAAAGCUUUUCCAAACCAGUUGUCCUUCGAGGCAAGAGCCUCAAAAGAGCCCCAGGAGAAGAAACUGAGAAGGAAGAAGAGGAGGACGAUCGAGAAGAGGAAGAUGAAAACGGGCUGCCCCGAAGGAGGGGUCUCAGGAAAAAAAAGACCUCGAAGCUUCGGUUGGAAAGGGUCAAGUUCAGGAGGCAGGAAGCCAACGCCCGCGAGCGGAACCGGAUGCACGGCCUCAAUGAUGCUCUGGACAAUUUGCGAAAAGUGGUCCCCUGUUAUUCCAAAACCCAGAAACUGUCCAAAAUAGAGACUUUACGGCUGGCCAAAAACUACAUCUGGGCACUUUCCGAGAUCCUGAGGAUAGGCAAGAGGCCAGACCUGCUCACGUUCGUGCAGAACUUGUGCAAGGGUCUCUCCCAGCCGACUACAAACUUGGUGGCCGGCUGCCUGCAGCUCAACGCCCGGAGUUUCCUGAUGGGGCAGGGGAGCGAGGCCGCGCACCCCACCAGGCCGCCCUACUCCACCUUCUACCCUCCCUACCACAGCCCGGAGCUGGCCACCCCCCCGGGCCACGGGACGUUGGAGAACGCCAAGUCAAUGAAACCCUACAAUUACUGCAGUGCGUACGAGUCCUUCUACGAGAGCGCUUCCCCCGAGUGUGCCAGCCCUCAGUUUGAAGGGCCCUUAAGUCCUCCCCCAAUUAACUAUAAUGGGAUCUUUUCCCUGAAGCAAGAAGAGCCCUUGGACUAUGGCAAAAAUUACAAUUAUAGCAUGCAUUACUGCGCAGUGCCGCCCAGGGGCCCUCUGGGGCAGGGCGCCGUGUUCAGGUUGCCCGCUGACAACCCCUUCCCCUACGAGCUACAUCUGCGCAGCCAGUCUAUCACCAUGCAGGAUGAAUUAAAUGCAGUUUUUCAUAAUUAAUGAGGAAAAUGAAAAUAAACGGUGGUCAUUCACCCCCCUCCCAGCCCUCGUCUAAUUAAGGCGAGGCAGAUGCCCGUGGGCUGAGUAAUUGACACAACUCUGUCUAAGGUGUUCACUAGUUUUUCAAGUGUGCUCCAACUGCCGUGAGAAUUUUCUAUGUAAUAAAAAAAAAAAUCUCGUUUCUUAUGAGAACUUCUAUUCCUUUCCUUUUGUCUGUAAACCACUGUGAAUCUGUUUCU